UUUUUGUUCCGGUUCCGGCCCUGACCCCAACCCACAGGCGGACAUGUGGAGUGACGAUUAUGAGAAGUGGAUCGCGAACACUGGCAUCACUUAUCUGAGUAUCUGAUCUCUGCCGCGCACGACGAACGACGGACCUCUGCAGGACGCUUCACUCGCCUCUGCGUUGAUUAAUUUAGGCUUUCUGAGUGGUGGUGCUAGCAUUUAAUUUGUGAAGGGAUGGUGAACAUUAGAGAUAGAACAGAGGAUUUCAAAGAUGCUGUCCACCGAUCAGCCGUGUCUCUGGGGUAUGAUGAGACAAGGAUAGCAGCUAUAUUAGCUUCAUUUAUCAUGCGCAAACCCCGACAAAGAUCACCUUUCAUCAAAGCUGCACUGAAGACGGUAGAUAGCAUUGGAGUCCUUGAAGAAUUCUUGUUGAAACAUAAGAAGGAUUAUGUGGAUUUGUACCGCACAACUGAACAAGAGAGAGAUAGCAUUGAAAGUGAAGUAACCUUUUUCAUAAAAUCUUGCAAAGAGCAAAUAGAUCUUCUAAAAAACAGUAUAAAUCAAGUAGAUGAUGCAAACUCAAAGGGUUGGAUUGGAUUCAAGGGUGAAUCUUUGAAUGCAGAUACAGUUGCACACAAGCAUGGAGUGGUUUUGAUUUUAUGCGAAAAGCUCCACUCUGUCUCUUCCCAAUUUGACCGACUCAGAGCCGUACGCUAUCAAGAUGUUAUUAACCGCAGAGCACUAAGAAGGAAACCUACACAGGCUGGCAAAACUAGUUCAACAGAGAUAUCCACACCCACUAACUUAGAAGAACAAGUUAAGCAAAGUGAUGCUCAGACCAUGGAGUCCAAUGAACUAAGAUCAGAAUCUGUCAGAGUUCAAGAACAAUUUUUAGAUGAUGAAACACGGGCUCUUCAGGCAGAGUUGAGUGGCCUCUUGGAUGCUGUUCAAGAAACUGAAACGAAGAUGGUGGAAAUGUCUGCCUUGAACCACUUAAUGUCCACACAUGUUCUUCAACAGGCCCAACAGAUUGAGUAUUUGUAUGACCAGGCAGUUGAAGCUACAAUGAAUGUAGAGCUUGGUAACAAGGAGUUAACAAAAGCCAUUCAACGCAAUAGCAGUAGCCGAACUUUUCUUCUGCUCUUUCUGUUUGUACUCACCUUUUCAAUUCUUUUUCUUGAUUGGUAUAAUUAGUUGGGUUACUCAUAUAUUUAUACUUAUGUAAGGUUCUAUUCCCAUAUUUUAAAUUGCUUUAGUAAUUGUAUUCCUAUGUAGCAUCUUUGUGUUUGGGGCUUACAAAAAUAAAUACAUAUUUUUAAUUAUGCACAUCUUUUGCAAUAGUGGGCUUCAGUUCCAGUAACAAAAUAUGUUUCGUACUCCAGAAAAGUACCCGAACAAGAAAAAUGCGUAUUCUUCUAUUAUAUAUGUACUUUCCAAUAAUUGGUUCUGCUUUUGUAAAUGACAAAAAUGAGUUGCUGCUUUUCCACGCAACUGGUGGGGAUGGAAAGGUGAUCAAAGGGGUUAUCUUCUGUGACAAAGACAUUCCGGGAGCGGAUGAGCAUAAAAGUUCUCCUCCAGCUUAGGUGGUGACUGUCCUACCACUCUUGGGGUUGGUGCUCCUGUUCUAUUCUUGUGCAAGUCUCUCAACUUUGUUGCAAACUCUUCCCAGGGAUUGAUAGUUUUGCGGAAGCCUUCAAACAUCCUAUGUCCUCGCACAGCUUUCGCCAUGUUCCCAUCAUAUGUGUAAACAAACACAUCACUCUCAACCGCGACAAUGUAAUCCAAGGCAGCUAGCUGGUUCUCCCUACCUGUAAAGUGCUUCAGCUCUUCUUCAGUUGCUAAGUUGGAAUGAGAGUAUACGUUUGGGUACUUCUCCAACAAAGCAUUCAUUCCGCUCUUCCCAAAGAUGGUUCCAGAAACUGUAUAUAUCUUUGUGUUGGAUGGAUACCCCAUCGCCUCAAGGAAAAGGCUAGCCUCUCGCGGAGUUAAAGGGCAUACCCCUUGGAUCCGCCUCUCUGUUCCGUUUAUCCGUUUCUCCUUCCAGUGUCUGGUUUUUUGCCUUAGCAUCCGAAGCUCAUCUGCUUCCUUUUUGGUAAGGUUGUGAUUACACCCAGUGAAGGCUAGCAUAUCUUUUUCAUACCUGCAUUUCAGUUUCAGUUCUGCUUAGGGAUAAUGCUUUUAACUCUAUCUAAGGCUCUGUUGGUUUGUUGGAGAAUUAGCUCAGCUUGCUUCUAGGAUUUCCCCCCCUCCUGAAAAUAUUCCGUCCGGGAAAUAUUUUACUAGAAUAAUUGUCCUGUUUUUUUUGUACUACAGACUAUAUUUCUAGAAGUGUUUCCCCUUCAUUUGGAUCAUGAAACAUGUUCAUGAUUUUUUUCCCCUUGUUUUGGUAUCAUAAAAUAGUUUUCUAAAUGAAAGUAGUUAUAUUUCUGUGGUUUUUAGAAAUUUUGUGAACGACCCUCCUCUUUGAAUAGGAUAAGUCAUUUUCGUGAAAGAGCUUCAUGGUUUUUGUCUUUGUGAGUCAAACAUUAUGUAAUUUAUGUGCAUAUUUGAAUUUUGAAACAUGAAACAUUUGCAUGUUUCGGUAUCAAGUACAUUUUUCUAAGAAAAUAGUUGUAUUUCUGUGUUUCUUAGAACUUUUCUGGAAGGUGCCUUCCUGUUCUGAUUAUGACCGAGUCAUUUUCAUGGAAGAGUUUCAUGUUUCUUGUUUUGUUUUUGCUGGUAAAAAAUUAUGUGCAUGUUUGGUAGUGAUGAUUUGACUGAAAAGGGGUGAAUUUUCCCAAAAGGAGAUACAUGUGGUAUAGUUGAUCUAAGCCAAAAUAAGUAAACUCAAGGUUACUUAUUCUCCUUUAUUCUAAUGAAUAAGCAUAAUAACUUAUUGGUGUUACCAAUAAGGGUCUAUAUAAUACAUUGAAGAGCUGAGUUUUGGAGAAAUGUUUUUACUAGAGAACUUAUUCCUAUAGUCAAAUGGAUCCUUACUUUCUUAGUUGUCUUGUGAAGUGUUUUGCUUCAGGAGAAUGUUAUUCAGGUUCCAAAUACAUAAAAACUACAGAACAUUCCCAGGAAGAAUAUUUUCCUGGAACCAAACAGAAUCUGAGCCUGCAUUAGUUAUACAGAGUAUAUCUUUAGCUAAUACUUCGUACUACGUAAUUAUACCUCAAGUGCAGUGCAAUAUAUGGAUCUCCAUUUUCUUUGAGUCUGCUGACUAACUUCUUUGCAAGUGUUUCAAUUCUAUCUGCAAAACGUAGUGCUUCAUACAUAGCAUGGCAUCUCAGUUUUUGGAUUGAGUCUGGGAUUCCAUUGUUGGCUAGGCGGGAAUCGGAGUGAGUGAAUUCUAUCACUUUGUGUUUCUUUAAUAGUUUGAGAAUGUCUUUGGUGUAGUAACUGGGCUGCACAUAAAAAAACAAUUUUGACCACAUAUCUCAAUUACUCCAUAUGUUCUUAAAAAGGGUCUUGUUUCAAUAUGAAACUAAGUGUUCCAAACAUGCUUGAUUUAUGCUACAUUUAGUUUGACCAACAGAAUAUUUGAAAAUAUGAGUAGGGCCUCAAAUUUGUUUCCACAUUAACAAAUAUACAACCAUUAGUUAAACACUCUUCUUUUUAUUGUACAAGAAUAGGAUCGUCGUCGUCAUCACUUCAAUUAGCAGGGUACUAGGAUUUAGUAAAAUGAAAAUUUAGUUUUAGUAAAUUAUUUAGCGGUAUACAUUCAUGUGAAAAUAUAGAAACCACAAGCUUGCACGGCCAAUGCCCAUCUCGCAAAACCCUUCCAAUUCUAGAAUUAUGGUCACCAUGAGUUAUUCCUAGUUGCAGAAUUGUCUUCGCAUCAUUUAUUUUAGUCAUAUAUAGUAAUUAGGUAAACAAACUAGACCAGAAUAUAUUUGAAAAGACUCAAACCAGUUUUGAAUAGUAAUUAGGUACAUAACAGAACCAUACUAGUUAGAACAAACUAGAAUAGACCAAUUCAGAUCAAGCCAGGUCAAUAAGUUUCAAACAGCCCAACAGGUCAUAAGUGUUAGUGUGGAUGCAAGAUUGAUCUUGAUAAGAAUAAUGUUAUUUGAUCAACAACUAUGCUAUUUCUUGUGUUCCUAAAAACCUCAAAUAUACUUCAAUAUUCUCAACCCAAUCUGAUCCUAAAAUAUAGAUAAAAGUGGUGUGAGAACUUGCCUUUGACCAAGAAACCGGAAUUUUCUUUAGUGGCUUAACAUCAGCAAGAUGGGAAGGAAGGGCUUCUACAACCUGAAUAUCAUCUCCCAACGAUUUUAUGAAGUGUUGCCAGUUAAAGAUAUCUUUGAAUUCACUGAGAACAAUUCACUACAAUAUGUCAGAAGUUUGUACUCUAAACGAACCAAUUUAGGGCUAAAGUGCAGAUAGGUCUUAGAUUAGAUGAAAAUGAACUCGAAACAAAAUUAUUAACAUUUAUUUUAGAAAAAAAAAAAUAAGUCGUGUUUUGUACUACGUAAUAUACUCGGGACAGAGCCGCAGAGGUAGAAUUGAAACUUACUCGUGGCCUCGUUGGGGGCUCAUACCUUUUGAUUCUAUGGUCCAAAGGGAAAAUUUAAAAAGAAAUACUAGACUUAACCUCCUUGGCUCCUUCCUAAAAACAAUUUGAUAUUACUUUUCAUAUGUGAACUUCACAAAAUGAAGUUCUCAUCCCAUUUCAACACAAAUAGAUAAUAACAGGCACCAUUGCUCUUGUUUUUUUUGCUUGACUCUAUAAUCUAUAUACAAUGAGUGUCUAUGAGAAUUGAAAAUUUGUGUCCCUCUCAAAUUGGGAAUUUGUUUUUGUGACGGUGGGAGUACAUUCCUUUUCGCGGGAACAUUCGGUACAUGUGCUGGGCCAAAAAGAGAAUCUGGGACAUCCACAAUUCAAGUGUGAAUAGAUCAAGUUUGGGAAAAAAUGUAUCCUUUGACAGGAGUGUGUACCUGGGGUCAGUCCAAAAGGAUUUGUGAUCCAAAAAAGGAAGUACCAAUGUAGCAUCCAUUAAUUUAGCUAUAGCUACCAUAUCACUUAUCUGUAAUGAUAUAAAAGUGUCAGAAGCUUUACUACAAUUUGGAAUUAAGUGUGUUUAAAAUGCAUACAUUUAUCUACAUGAUAUUAAUUACCCCAGUUUUCAUUUGAUUAAGU